GACGCAGCGCUUGAAGGAGUGGGAGAGGUGUUGGGUCUCCCGUCCAGCAGCAUCUGUGCUCGGUGACGACUAACCGCCGUGCGAUGCCGGGGCUGCUUUUCGGAUGGGUGUCCCGAGCAUCCUGCCCAAAGCCGGGUGUGCCAGCUGGCAGCCUUUCCCCACCGGCCCGUGAGACGUCCCUCCCAUGUGCGUCAUGAGGUGCGGGGGGCCUCUGCAUCAGUUGGGACAGCUUGGGGCUGUGGUUUCACCCCUCUGUUGGGCGAGGGUCCCCAGUCCCUGGGCAUGGCUGGUCCCUUGGGCUCGUCCCUUUAUCAGCAGAGCCUUGGUUGGGGCCUCCCUCACAGUGUUGGCCAAACCCUCCAACUCCGGUUAGGAGAGGGAUGGAGGGAGGUGUGGCUGCUGCUCGUUUAGGGCGCAGCCUCAUUAUUGAAGGAGGUAAUUAAACCUGUCUGGGACAUUUUUGCUCAUUAGCCAGCUUCCUGCUGGCACGCCGGUGCUGGGCAGAUUGGUUGAAGGACGGCAGUGCCAAACCCAAUGGCUUUGGCGUCACCGCUGUUAAUGAUUGCCCGUUGCCAGCGCACCCACCAUCGCUGACGGCGUGGGAUGUCAGACCUCAGCCAGCGUCUCCUCCCGCUCCUGCCACUCAGGGUGGCAGUGGGGAUGCGGCUGGUGCGACCGGGAUGAUGGAUCCGGGUCACCUGGCUUGCAGCUUCGCCUUGGGGGUGAAGAUAGCUGGGCAGCAGCUCAGCCCGGGAAGCAGGAGAGAUGCUGUCGGAGGGGAGCAGGACGCCAUGGGCUCCCGGUACUUCCCCGCCCGGACCGUGCUCUUCGAGAAGGAGUCCAACGGCGUCACGUACCGCGUGCCCGCGCUGCUCUACCUGCCCUGCAUGGCCAAGCUGCUGGCUUUUGCGGAGGAGCGGCUGAGCGCUGACGAUGCCCACGCCAAUCUGCUGGUGCUGCGCCGUGGCACCGUCUACGGGAGCUACGUGGAGUGGGAAGAUAUGCGCGUGCUGGAGACGGCGACACUGCAGCACCACCGGUCAAUGAACCCCUGCCCGCUCUACGAUGAGUUCACCGGCACCCUCUUCCUCUUCUUCAUCACGGUGCUGGGCAGGACGCCUGAAGCCUACCAGAUUGUCACCGGCCAAAACGUCACCCGCCUCUGCUGCGUCACCAGCACCGACCAGGGCCUGAGCUGGAGCACGGCCACGGACCUGACGCAGCAGGUCAUUGGUGGGGCCAUCAAAGAUUGGGCAACAUUUGCGCUGGGCCCCGGGCACGGGAUCCAGCUGCGGUCCGGCCGGCUGCUGGUGCCUGCCUACAGCUACCACAUCGACUGCAAGGAGUGCUUCGGCCAGCUCUGCAAGACCACCCCUCACUCCUUUGCCUUCUACAGCGACGACCAUGGCCAGGGCUGGCGCUUCGGGGAGUUCAUCCCCAACCUGCAGACGGGCGAGUGCCAGCUAGUCUCGGUGGAUGAGGAGGAUGGCUCCAACGUCCUCUACUGCAACGCCCGCAGCCCCUUGGGCUUCAGGGUCCAGGCGCUCAGCACGGACGACGGUGCCGUCUUCCACGGGGGGCAGCUGGUCCAGCGGUUGGUUGAGCCCCCCCAUGGCUGUCACGGCAGCGUCAUCGGCUUCCCCGCACCUUUUGUGUAUGUCCCUGCUGCCCCCCGGGCUCCCGUGAUGCCCCUUCGGGGCUCAGCUCGCCGGCUGCUCCCUGGGAUACUCCCGGGGUUUCGGUACCUGCCCGCCCGGCAGCCAGCGCGCGAUGACCUGCCUGCCACGGCCACCGAUAGCCACCAUGAGCCAGCUGAGCCUGAGGAGGGCUGUCCUACCCCAGGGCAUCAUGGCCAUGCCCGUGGCAUCACCUCAGCCCGAGGGGAUCCUGCAGCCAACCCCAGCCCUGCUCCCUUCUUCCAAGCGCCAACGUGGGUCCUCUACUCCCACCCCACCAGCUCCAUGUCGCGGGUCAACAUGGGGGUUCACCUGAGCACCUUCCCCCGGGACGUGGAGAGCUGGACUGAGCCGUGGGUCAUCUACGAGGGCCCGAGUGCCUACUCGGACCUGGCUUACAUGGAGCUGCCCUACAACGAGGCCUCCAUCUCAGGUGGCCCGGCCGUCGCUUUUGCCUGCCUCUACGAGAAUGGGACACGAUCGCCCUAUGAGCAGAUCUCCUUCAGCAUGUUCUCGCUGCACGACGUGCUCCAAAACAUCCCCCUGACGGCCACUGUGUCCCGGCGGGAUGGCAGCCCCCCGCGCCAUGGGAAGCGGGGGCGAAGGGGCUGCCUUGUCUCCUAGUACGCCCCCCCCCCCCAGGUCAGCUCCCCCUGGUCCCCCAACACCAGACCCUGGACACCAACCCAGAGCUUGGCACACUGGGAUGCUGAGAGCCCAGGGUCCUGCCCCUGGCCAGCACAGCCACAUCACAGAGAAGACAUGCGCUACUGUCCCAAAACUGGGGUUUAUCUCAUUUUUAUUGCUAUUUUUUAAUUAUAUAGUGGUUGGGCAUGGAGGCUUGUGCCACCAGCCCAGCCUCCAGCUCCUUUCUGAGCACAUGAGCCAUCCCAUGAAAUACAUAAUGGGAGGCAACAGCAGCAACGCCGGGGAGAAGACCCAAGUGUGGGGUCGCGGGGUGUGGUGCUCCGGCUGUGCCGUACCUGGUACAACCACUCCGCUCUGAGGGUUUUCCUCCCAUGGUCAGAAAUAUUUACAUUAUUUUCUUUAUUGCUCCUAUCUAAUGAUCCUGUUGGAGCCAAUUCAUUUUUCUCAAAGGUCUCUCCAAAA